AUGCCCGUGGUUGUGUUUGCUCUUAUUGUGCAGUGGGCAUUUGAAUAUCUGGUUAGAGAAGGCAGAGACAAUUAUGAGAUGGUGAAGAAAAGAUUUACUCAGGCCUCCUCAUACCAUGAUAAACAGCAGUUUCAUGCAGUCGUCCUUAUGGAAGAUCCUAAGGCUUUGAGAUCAUUCCCCCUCUCAACUAACGGAAAUGUAAUGGUUCUUGAGUGCAUGGCUAUUUCUCGAAUGAUGGGCUCCGGAAAAACAACAGUGGGCAAAAUUUUGUCUGAAGCAUUAGCUUAUUCUUUUGUCGACAGUGACAAAUAUGUUGAGGAGGCUCUUGGUGGAAGUCCUGUGGCUCAGAUUUUUAAUCAGUUCGGUGAGAGUUUCUUUAGAGACUAUGAGAGUGAUGCACUAAGGACAUUCUCUUUAAUGCCCCGACAAGUUGUUGCCACUGGUGGUGGUGCUGUAGUUCGUCCUAUCAACUGGAAAUAUAUGAGGGAGGGAGUCACUGUCUAUCUAGAUGUUCCCCUGGAUUCCUUGGCACGAAGAAUAGCCGCUGUAGGCACUGGUUCUCGUCCUCUCUUGAAUUUUGUAUCAGGAGAUGUUUACACAAAGGCUUUCAUGGGUUUGUUUAAAAUUUCAAAAAAGAGAAGUCUUGCAUAUGAAAAUGCUGAUGCUACGGUUUAUCUUCAAAAUAUUGCAGCGAAGCUUGGUGUUGAAGAUUUAUCUGAUAUCACACCAACUGCUAUAACACUAGAGGUACUUCUACAAAUUGAGAACUUCUUGCAAUCCAACAAUGGCAUGUCCAUCCCUAUGUUUCCUUAGGCCAUGUUUAGUUGGCUUUAUAGGUAAGGAAAUUAGACUAACAAUCCUAUUGGGCCUAAGUAACUUGUGUAAAUUUCUUGAUUCUUUUUCCUCUGUUAUCUUAUAUGCCUUUAUAUCUAUUAUUUUAAUUUAGAAACGACUCUUUUUGUUAGUGGGUCUCACUGGGAUCCACUUUAUGGGUUGUGUUAGGAGGUUGGUAUGAAGCACAACAAUUAUAUGUUGUAUUAUAAAAUUUUAGAUAAA